AUGGCGACUCUGCCGCCCAACUCUCUGCUUGCUCGAUCCCGGCAAACGCGCGCCGGCGCAUCAACAAAGGCUUCCUCAAGUGCAGCUGUCACCACAACAGUAGCAGCACCGCCCAUUGCAACGUCCAAUCUCAGUGUCUUUCUCACCAACCUUCGCCUGCUCGACUUCCCUUCCUAUCCUGAUUGGCCAGGGUUCGACGCGCAUACCUUCUCCGUGCAGAAGAAGCGCAUUCACUGCGUCGAAUGGACCCUCUACCAACUGUUCGUGCUGUGGGAUCCGGAGGAAGCGCGGAAUAAACUUCAGCCCUUCUUCCCGCCCCGAGAACACGUCCAGUCCCUAAAUCUGCGAGCUGCCCUCCUGCGAAGCCUCGAGCUAGCCAAGAAGAAUGGAGUCCUCGGACGAGACGCCGUGGUUCGCAAAACCAUGUUAGACGAAUGCAAAGGCGAAAGACUGGAAGAGGUCCUCGCCGUAUUUUCCUCGGCUGUCUUGAAAAAGAUGGUCGCCGAUGUUGCGGAAGCCGAGUCUGAAUAUCCUGCAAUCGCUCAGCAACUGGCUUUGGAAAACCGUGGUUACAGCGCUGAGCGGGCCGAACUGAUCACGCUUGCUAUAGCCCACAGGGUAUCGAUUGCCAAUGCCAUGCGGCGCAAGGACGGAGCGAGGAAGGAGUAUCGCCGUCUUGCCGACUUGCUCGAUUCCAAAGAGCUGGGAAUCGUCCGGAGAAAGGAACAGGUCAAGUCGGCUCGAGAACAUUCCAAGAGUCGGGGCAUUUCAGACGAUCUGAAAUUGGAUACCUGGAGGACGGUCCGUAACAACUGGGCUGGGAAUGAGCAGUGGAUGGAAACUUUGCUCUACGGAGACGCCAACGCCCGUAAGGACGGUUUGUUAGCGGCGCCUUUCGAUCGGGUAUGGAGACGCCUGCAAUCCGGUCGCCUCUCUGAGCUGGAAGACCACGGCAAAGGUCUGCUGGAGCAACUGGAUGGCCGCGUGCAGACACAGAGGGAGAGACUGGCAAAAUGGCAGGACUUCCGUCAUAGCAUGUUCGGCGGCCAGAUCCCCUCAGCUCCUGCUGCGGCAUCGCGGCCGGCAAAACCAAAACAAGGCCUAGAUCUCGAGUUCAACAAACACGAGAAGCUUCACCUCGAUCGGAUGGGUUCGAGCAGACAGCUCGCCAAGAAGACCCCUCAUCUGACCUCGGAGUAUGCUGACCUUCUGGACGGAUGUGAGAGAGAGUUGGCUCAAGUUGGGUCUGCGCCUUCGGUUGACCUUACCCAACUACUGGGGCCGCCGCCCCCGACCCGGCAAUCCGGGCACCCAGAGCGACCGGAUGGUAUUUCUGGAACAAGAGAGAGCCUUGGGGAGGAAACAAUCUCGGAGCUGAGCGAGCUAGAGGAGGAGGGACAAGUUCACCUUGGCCUACGGCGACCGUCGAUUCAGGAUUCCUUACCCCAAUCACGACGUCUCGAGCGUCUGUCCAUCAAACUCCCCGACGACAUGAAGAAAGCGGCCGACUUGCCACGACCUCUUCCCAGCCCACCGGUGUUGCCACCAGAUACCCACGACGAACUCGCAAUACCGCCGCCCACCCCACCUUUGCCAGACGAUGAAGAGACUACGGAGAAGAUUUCUAGUCGACCUCCAAGCCCUCCGCGACUGAAGCAGCGUAGUGUCUCGUUUGACAGCGAAGACUCGCUACCUGAACCGGAGGCUCGAUCGCCUACGCAGGAACUUGCAGAUCAGAUUCUCAACGACAUCAACAACGCCUCGCCCUCGCCCGCCAAACGUCCGAAACCUCGUCACACUCUGUCUCUUGCGGAGCGGACAAGACUCUCAAUGGCACGGUCAUCACGAGGUGUUCGCUACGACCCCGAUGACGACGAUGACGACACCUUGGCCCUCAAACCCUUUUCUACUCCAAACAAACCGAUGGAGGACAUCACAAUCAACAUCACGGACGAGGACGACUUGAUGUCUCGCACGAGGAGAAGCAUGGCAGGUUUCGAGGCAGCCCGCCAGAAAGCCCAGUUGGAUAGGCAAAGAUCGUUAAAGAAAUCCCGCGCGCGGGCAAGGACCGAAGGCAGCCAAUUCCCAGUCGUAGAAGAGGAGACGCUGCAACUGGACCCGGAUGCGUCCAUCCUUGCGGAAGAGUUGAUGACUGUGGAGGAUAUGGAGGCCGUUUUUAGGAGCCGGCCAAGGAUCAAGACGAGUCCGGCACCCUCGCCCUCGAGAAGACCGCUGGAGGCGGAGGAUGUGUAG